AUGGCGAACCUCUACUUCACCCACUCGAGCGCUCCGCUCAAGACGGUGCAGGAGAUCCAAUUUGGACUCAUGUCUCCCGAGGAGAUUAAAAGCAUGAGCGUGGCACACAUUCUGUACCCCGAAACGAUGGAGGAAGGCGGCACGAAGCCGCGCGACGGUGGCCUCAACGACCCUCUUCUCGGCUCGAUCGACCGACAGUUCAAGUGCAAGACCUGCACACAGGCUAUGGGCGAGUGUCCUGGUCAUUUUGGACACAUUGAACUGGCAAAGCCCGUGUACCACCCUGGCUUCAUCAAGAAAGUCAAGAAGAUCCUGGAAAUUGUCUGCCACAACUGUAGUAAAGUGCUGGCUGAUGAAAGCGAUCCUGAGUUUGUCGCAGCAAUCAAUACUCGAGAUGCAAAGCUCCGCUUCAAGCGCGUAUGGGCUGUCUGCAAGAAGAAGCGGAGAUGUGAGAAUGAGGACCGGACAGACAAGAACAAGGACGAAGAGUUUGCGCCUGGCAUGAAGCCGACCCUCGUGGAAAGCCAUGGCGGUUGUGGCAAUGUGCAGCCUCAAGUGCGACAGGUUGCCCUUCAGUUGAAGGCCGCCUUUGAAGUGGCCCAAGAAGAUGGCCCCAAGCGGAAAGAGACGGCUCCCAUCACUCCCGAGAUGGCCCAUAGCAUCCUUCGUCGUAUUUCCGAGAGUGACCUGCGUAACAUGGGUCUCAACUCGGAUUACGCUCGUCCGGAAUGGAUGAUCAUCACUGUUCUUCCCGUUCCCCCGCCCCCAGUCCGUCCUAGUAUUUCUAUGGACGGCACCGGUACUGGCAUGCGAAACGAAGACGACUUGACCUACAAGCUUGGUGAUAUCAUUCGUGCUAACGGAAACGUCAAGCAAGCUAUUCGCGAGGGCUCUCCGCAGCAUAUUGCGAGAGAUUUUGAGGAGCUGCUUCAAUAUCACGUUGCAACCUACAUGGACAACGACAUUGCGGGACAGCCUCGUGCCUUGCAAAAGAGUGGUCGCCCCGUCAAAGCCAUUCGUGCCCGUCUCAAGGGAAAGGAGGGUCGUCUGCGAGGCAACUUGAUGGGAAAGCGUGUUGACUUUUCUGCUCGUACAGUCAUCACGGGAGAUGCUAACCUGUCUCUGCACGAAGUCGGUGUUCCUCGCAGUAUUGCCAGGACUCUGACUUAUCCUGAGACAGUCACGCCUUACAACAUUGGAAAAUUGCAUCAAUUGGUCGAAAACGGUCCCAACGAGCAUCCUGGAGCCAAGUACGUUAUCAGAUCCGACGGAACCCGUAUCGACUUGCGACACCAUAGACGCGCAGCUCAGAUCUCCCUGGAGUAUGGCUGGAAAGUUGAGCGUCAUCUGAUGGAUGGUGACUACAUCAUCUUCAACCGACAGCCUUCGCUGCACAAGGAGUCCAUGAUGGGUCAUCGUGUUCGAGUUAUGCCUUAUUCUACUUUCCGACUCAACCUCUCGGUUACUUCUCCAUACAACGCCGAUUUCGAUGGUGACGAGAUGAAUCUCCACGUUCCUCAGAGCGAAGAGACUCGUGCCGAAGUCAAGGAGCUGUGCUUGGUCCCUAACAAUAUCGUCUCACCCCAGAAGAACGGUCCUUUGAUGGGUAUUGUGCAGGACUCUCUUGCCGGCGCUUACAAGAUUUGCCGACGUGACACCUUCCUCGACAAGAACCAAGUCAUGAAUCUCAUGCUGUGGGUCCCCAACUGGGAUGGUGUUAUUCCGCAGCCCGCUAUCCUAAAGCCGAGACCACGUUGGACUGGCAAGCAGAUCAUUAGCAUGGUCAUUCCCAAAGAGAUCAGUCUACAUGCCCCCGAAGACAAGUCAGAUUCUCCUCUCAAGGAUACUGGAUUGCUUAUUCAAGCUGGUGAGCUCAUGUAUGGUCUCAUGAAGAAGAAGAACAUUGGUUCCGCCUCAGGUGGUGUAAUCCAUCUCUGCUACAAUGAGUUGGGACCAGAAGGUGCCAUGGCGUUCCUUAAUGGCGUUCAGCAAGUGGUUUCCUACUGGCUCCUACAAGAGGGCCACAGCAUUGGUAUUGGUGAUACCAUUCCGGACAAGCAGACAAUCGAAAAGGUCCAGGUGCAUAUUGACACCCAAAAGGCAGAGGUCGCCAGGCUUACGGCAAUGGCUACCGCCAACGAGCUGGAGGCGCUGCCUGGUAUGAAUGUCCGAGCUACUUUCGAGAACAAGGUUUCCAUGGCUCUUAACAUGGCUCGUGACCAGGCUGGUACUACGACGCAAAGGAGUUUGAAGGAUUCAAACAACGCCGUCACCAUGGCUGAGUCAGGUUCCAAGGGAUCAUCCAUCAACAUUUCUCAGAUGACGGCGCUUGUCGGACAGCAGAUUGUUGAAGGAAAGCGUAUUCCAUUCGGCUUCAAAUACCGAACUCUCCCGCAUUUCACCAAGGAUGAUUACUCACCCGAAGCUCGUGGCUUCGUUGAGAAUUCUUACCUCCGUGGUCUGACACCCUCCGAAUUCUUCUUCCACGCCAUGGCUGGUCGUGAAGGUCUCAUUGAUACUGCCGUCAAGACAGCUGAGACUGGUUAUAUUCAGAGACGUUUGGUCAAAGCUCUGGAAGAUCUCAACGCUCAAUAUGAUGGAACGGUUCGCAACUCUCUUGGUGAUAUCAUUCAGUUCCUGUAUGGUGAAGACGGUCUUGAUGCCAUGUGCAUUGAGAAGCAGAAGCUUGGCAUUUUGAAGAUGUCUGACGAGGCGUUCGAGAAGAAGUAUCGACUUGAUCUGGCCAAUCCCCCUGAUUGGUUCCGAAAGGACUACGAGUAUGGCAACGAAUUGACCGGCGACAAGGCUUCCAUGGCUCUUCUUGACGAAGAGUGGGAUGCACUUCUUGCCGAUCGCCGUGAAGUGCGGCAGAUCAAUCGCUCCAAGAUGGGCGAGGAGUCGAUGCAGCUUCCUCUCAAUAUUGGUCGUAUGAUCGAGACAGCGAAGCGCGUGUUUAAUGUCAAGGCAAACGACCGAAGCAACUUGAGACCUUCUGAUGUCAUUCCUGUUGUGAGGAACGUCAUCAGCAAGCUCAAGAUUGUCCGAGGCGACGAUCCGAUUUCCAAGGAGGCAGAUGCUAGUGCUACCAUCCUCUUUAAGUCUCUUCUUCGUUCUCGACUAGCCUUCAAGGAGGUGGUCAAGGAGCAUCGCUUGAACAAGCUCGCUUUUGAUCACGUCCUUGGCGAACUUCAAAACCGAUGGGAUCGAUCGUUUGUCAACCCCGGUGAAAUGGUUGGUGUCCUUGCUGCCCAGUCCAUUGGUGAGCCCGCCACGCAGAUGACGCUGAACACCUUCCACUUUGCCGGUGUGUCUUCCAAGAACGUCACACUCGGUGUGCCCCGACUCAAGGAAAUUCUCAAUCUGGCCAAGAACAUCAAAACCCCCAGCAUGGCUGUGUACCUUGAUACCCCACUGGCUAAACAAGAGCAAGCGAAGAAGCUGCGAAGUUUGGUUGAGUACACUAACCUCCGAUCGAUCACUGCCGUCACUGAGAUCUAUUAUGAUCCGGAUGUUCAAUCUACAACUAUUGCAGAGGAUGUCGAUAUGGUCGAGUCCUACUUCUUGAUUCCUGAUGACAGCCAAGACACUAUCGAUCAACAGUCGAGGUGGCUCUUGCGUAUCACACUUGACAGGCAAAAGUUGCUUGACAAGGAAAUCAAGAUUGACGAUGUUGCUCAGCGCAUCAAGGAGGAGUACCCCAAUGACCUGGCUGUCAUUUUCAGCGACAACAAUGCCGAUGAGCAGGUCAUUCGAAUCCGCACCAUUCGACAGAACGACGAGAAGGAUGAAGAUGGAGAGAAGAAGAUCGAAGACGAUGUGAUGCUGAAGCGUCUUGAAGCCCAUCUUCUGGACACUCUGACGUUGCGAGGUGUGCCUGGUGUUGAAAGAGCUUUCUUGACCAAGGGCACUCGCCUUGUUGACGGUUCAGCCCUCCGCGAGGUGCUGGCUGUUCCAGGAGUUGAUCCUACGCGAACCUACACCAACGACCUGUGGCAGAUUAUCGAAGUGUUUGGCAUUGAGGGCACGCGAGCUGCCCUUGUCAAGGAAUUGACGGCUGUGUUGGCCUUUGACGGUUCCUACGUCAACCAUCGACACAUUGCGCUGCUUUGCGAUGUUAUGACGUACCGCGGAAGUAUAUCUGCUGUCACUCGACACGGUAUCAACCGUGCUGAUACUGGUGCACUCAUGCGAUGUUCAUUCGAAGAGACGGUUGAAAUUCUUCUCGAGGCGGCUGCUACGGGAGAGCUUGAUGACUGCCGUGGCAUUUCUGAAAACGUUAUGCUCGGCCAGAUGGCUCCCAUGGGAACUGGUCACUUUGACGUCUUCCUGGAUCCGAAGAUGCUGGAAACCGUGAUUUCGGACAACUCUCGCAUGGGACUCAUGCCAGGCAUGCCUGUCAAGGAAGGAGAAGUCGAGGGUGCGGCUACACCUUACGAUACUGGAUCUCCCAUGGCCGACUCUGGCUACCUCAGUCUCAACUCUCCUGCUGCUGGAAACUUCUCGCCCAUCCAGGGAGCGGGUUCAGAAACACCAGCUGGAUUUGGAACCGAGUAUGGUGGCGGCGGCUUUGGUGGUAUGGGUGGCUACUCUCCAUCAUCGCCCAACGCUGGAUAUUCGCCUACGUCUCCCAUGAUCGACGGCGGUAUCGGCCGAUACGCGACAUCUCCGUCAUUCAGUCCUUCCUCGCCGUCUUUCUCGCCAACUUCGCCGAUGCUGCGACCGACGAGCCCUGCCAGCCCCAAUUACAGCCCCACGUCGCCAAGCUACUCGCCUGCAUCCCCGUCAUCGCCAAGGCACUAUUCGCCAACGUCGCCGGCUCAGUUCAACUCUCCUACAUCACCUAGCUACUCGCCUGCUAGUCCCAAUUACAGCCCUGCUUCUCCCAAUCUGCAUGGAGCUGGCGCGACUUCUCCGUCGUAUUCUCCCGCUUCUCCCUCGUGGUCUCCGACAUCUCCAGAAGCUUACUCGCCUACGAGCCCAAGCUUCUCCAAGAGCCCUGGGUCGCAGCAAUCUCCCACCAGCCCCAGCUACUCGCCCACAUCGCCGUCAUUUUCUCCUCGGACGCCUGGGCCGGGAGCUUCUGGAAACCAAUAUUCACCUAAUUCCCCCGCUAACGAUUGA